AGUUUAUACCUAUUGAUCUUGAUUGAUGUAGACAUCAUGCAAGACAAUGGAAUUGCUUUUGUUAUAAAGUUAUUUGUAAAAUUUCAAGAAAGAGUCUUGUAUUUCACGAUGAGCAGCGGUACACUAAAUUCCAAGGCAGAAAAAUAUUUUUAUAGUUUAAGUCCUUUGGCUCAACGUAUUGGCGAAGACAUAACUGUGACAAAAGAAGCUUACGAAGGUCUUUGGAAUACUUUGAGUAUUUCAGAACGGAACCAGGCGAUUAAUGAAACUAUCAUUCGACCUGAGGUAGCUUUGCAAUACGCUGUUAAAGAAGUUGAAAUUUCAAAGGAAUUACCCGAUUGGUAUCCAAAACUUCGUAUUCAAACUGGUAUGAAAUAUGUUAUCGAUGAAACAGGAUCUACAUUAAAAUGGCGAGACGAACACUCCGCACCAUUUUCAUUUAUGACUCAAUCUCAAAUGAAUUUAAAUUUAGUAGAUCCCAACGAAGAUAUAACAUCCAAAUGUCUUAGAUCUCAUUUCGGAGAAUCUCCGCAUUUUUCAAGCCCCAUUAAAUCUCAAAGAAAUAAUUCUAAUUCCAUUACCGACAAUUAUAAUUCUAAUCAAACUAAUCGUUACCAAUCCGAGUGUUAUUCCAAAAGUUUGUUCGAAGAUGAACCGUGUGGAAAUUUACAGAACAGCGACAUAGAUACUGAACACUCUGAGAGUAUAUUUGCUAAGUUAAUUAAUAAAACUUCCUUAUUAAAAUUGCAAAAUAAUUUAGAAGACGAUAUGGAAAGUUUGGUACAUGAUAGGGAUUCGGAUAAAAGUCAAUCCAAUACAUUGGUAGCUGUUUUGCGAACAAAGUCAAGCGAUAUUAAUGAAUCGACGGCUCUCUUAGAAACACCUAGCUCUUACAGUAGUUUUCAGUCUUCUCAAUUAAAUCACGAUGAGGAGGAAAGAUGUAUACCAAAGACUGGAUUUGAAUUUUUAGAUAAUUGGUAAAUUAACUUCGAUCAUUUUUAUGCUUAUAUACUGCAAGUUCAAAAUCAAAGUAUUCCUAUAAUUAUUUAACUUAAGACUGUUUUAUAUAUACAUAUAUUUCAAUAUACAUGUAAUUUAGUAUUAACGACAAAUACUCCAUACAUUUUAUCUCCUCAAUUAUCAUAUUAUAUAGACUGUAUUUGAUAAAUUAGAUUAUUAUCAUCCGUACCAUGGCUUUUUAAACUUAUUUAUUCCAUACUAUCUUUUUUUUGUAUCAUAAACUUAUAGAAAUAUUACAUGUAUAGUCUUGCCAAACUAGUUUUGAAUUAAUUUUUGGUCGUUGCGUGUUUAAAUUUCUGCAACCUCCAAAUUUAGUUAUGUAACCCCAUACUGUGUUGCAGCCUACAUUUUAAGAAGCCCUGAUCUAUACAUAUCGCUUAUCAUUAGUAUUGUGUGUAUUUAAUGCAUAUAGAUAUAAAAUAUAUAAUACAAUGAUAUAUUUUAUUGCUAAGUGUUAGAAAACAUUAUAUAAGAUUAUGUUAAUUGAUCUAAUAUAAUACAUUUUGAGCUUUCAUUUUAUUUGCUCACGGAUCUCAAUAUGUUUAUUUUAUUUCUUAAGCGAACAUUUUUUUAA